CCGGCUGUAUAUUCUUUUCCGCCUCCUUCUGAUCACGUGCCUCCGCCUCACGUGACCUUUUAACCCAGACAAUAUGGCGGCGCCCGGCAGCCCUGACUGGAAACAGAAAGUGGAGAGGCUGCAGCAGAAGUGGCAGGAGCUGGCGGCGGGGGGUCGGGAGGAUUCCGUGUUAUCGAAGGCUUCUGCUACGUUACAGAGUCUAAGCACCCACUGCUCAGAAGAAAAGGAUAUAUUGGAUAUUGCGUCGUUUUUCCAUCUUUACACUAAGGCAAUCUUGGACAUAACGUUCUUUGAGGAAAACCAGUUAGUUGAUCGGGAUUUCCAAGGCGAUGAUUCCUUAUCGAAAGUCAGAGAACUGAUUCAAAUCCUUUCAGAACCAGAGCAUUUAGUCAAGGAAUUCAGGCAGAACCAAAAGGCUCCUGUUGCUGACCUGGAUGUGGAACUGAGCGAAUGCUUACACUGGAGACGAGGAGCUCUCCUUUACAUGUAUUGCCAUACAGUGGGGGAGCACGAAGGCUGGUGUUUGCAAAAUAAGGGAACAUUUCUACAGUGCCUUAAAGAUGGGACCAGCUACUUGCUAAAAAUGCUGACGAUACGGAGUCCUGUGCAUCUAAACGAGGAGGUUUUGUUUCAAGAUUUAAACACCGCUACCCUGCUCAGUAAAGGCAUCUUUAGUGAUAUCCAUGUGCUGGCUCUGAUGUACUGCGGAGAAAUGUGCUACUGGGCCCUUAACUAUUGCCGUCACGAAGAGCAAGUUUCUCAUGGCCAUUCUGAUAGGUCGUCUACGACUCUGGACUUUCAGGAAGUAGGGGAAGGAGCUUUGGACAAAUAUGUUUCUGUGUGUGAGGGGCCUCUCCAUGGCCAAGGAUGGAACACAGAGAAGGCAAAAACCAUGCAGGAAUUUUUCAAAAAAAUAAAAAGUUAAUACAAAUACAUUUUCCUGGAACAGCUACAGGCCAGUGAAAUGGUCGUGUACCUUCUGAACUAAAUGAAAAACUAUGCCAAAAAAUAUUAAGGACUUAUUUUCUCCAUCAUAAAUUAAGCCUUACAGGUAAGUAAAGCACUUCGACAGGGAUUGACAUCCUGAAUCCCUAAAUAUUUCUAAUGUACUACCACUGUCGUAACCCGAAGUAGUAUCAUCUGUUACAGGGACAGGAAAUGUGUUCAGAAAAAAAUGUUUGUUUCUUAGAAAUUAAUUUUCUUGUCGUGAGAAGGCAGCAUCAUCAAUCCUGUCUAAAGAGAGAGGGCAGGGACAGGAGCUCCUUUUUUUAUGUUACUGUUCCUUUAACAGGAUGGAGGUUGUGGUACUUGAAGUGGUGGACCCAACCAAACAUUUAUUGGUAUUUCCAGCAAACGCCAGAGCGGUUUAAAAAAUAACUCUGAGGAUAUGUCUGGUAUUAUUUAGGAAUGCAGUGAAUCCACUAUUUUGGAUUCGGCGGAACCCCCGAAUCCUUUGUGAAAGAUUCCGCCGAAUCCGAACCCUAAUUUGCAUAUGCAAAUUAGGGAUGGGAAAAAACAUUUUACUUCCUUGUUUUGUGACCAAAAGUCAUGCGAUUUCCCUCCCCACCCCUAAUUUGCAUAUGCAAAUUAGGAUUCAGUUCGGCCGGGCAGAAGGAUUCAGCUGAAUCCGAAUCCUGCUGAAAAAGGCCGAAUACCGAACCGCCCUUAGUUUUAGUCCCAGCUAUAAAAACCAUGUGGUCUCUAUCCACAACUAGCUGUAAUUGUAGAUCGAGACCAAUCCUUAGAUUCUGCAUUCACUACAGAUAUGGGAUCCAUUAACCCAAAACCCGCUAGACAGAAAGCUCAGAAUUACGGAAAGGCCCUCUCCCAUAGACUCCAUUAUAAUCAAAUAAUCCAAUUUUUUAAAUAUGAUUUCCUUUUUCUCUGUAAUUAUAAAACAGUACCUCAUACUUGAUCCCAACUUAGAUAUAAUUAAUCCUUCUACAAAGCAAAACCAGCCUAUUGGGUUUAUUUGAUGUUUACAUAAUUUUCUAGAAGACUUAAGGUAUGAAGAUCCAAAUUACAAAAAGAUCUGCUAUUUCCAUCACUUUUGGCACAUGCACAGUUGUUACAAACCGAAAGACAACUGCACAUGCUCCAAUAUGGCGAUCAUUUCCCGAAGAAGACUGAAGAACCAGAAGAUUCCACCCACAAACUCUGCUGCACUCACUCUGCAAGUAAAGGUUUUUCGGGCCACUUAUAGAUGUUAUCACCUAUGCGGGGGGGAGUUCAGGGAGAUCGACUAUGUAGGGCACUGGGUUUUUAUUAGUGGGGGGGUGAGUUCUCCUUUAAAGAGGAUGCAAAGUCAAAUAGAAAAUUAAAGUGCUCAAAGUGCUAUUUUGGGCUGGAGGGAAGCAGCUCUUCUCUGCUUUUGGGUACAGCAAAAUUCCUUAGAAGAGCACGAGCACGCUGAGCAACUUUCAUGUUGUGUUUAAACUUAGUUCCACCUUAAAGCGAUUCUGUCAUGAUUUUUAUGGUGUAGUUUUAUUUCUAGUUUAUACUGUUCAUAAUUCACUCUACCAUAUAAAAUGUCAUUCCCAAUCCAACAAGUGUAUUUGUUUAGUUGUAAUAUUGGUGUGUAGGCACCAGCUCAGGUUAUUUUGCCUGGUCAUAUGUUUUCAGAAAGAGCCAGCGCUGCACUAUGGAAUUCCUUUCUGGCAGGAUAUUGUUUCUCCUACUCAAUGUAACUGAAGAAGUUGCAGUGGGACCUGGAUUUUUACUAUUGAGUGCUGUUCUUAUACCUAUCAGGGACAGGCCCAGAUUCCUGUUUUCAGGGCCUCGAGGCUGCUUUGCACCGCAGGGUCCUAGCGCUCGACAACACUCGCGUGCAACUCCCCGCAGGAGUGCGUGUGCGCAUGUGCCGGCGAUUAGUGCUUCUUAGAAUGCGGCUGGGCAGCAUGCCGUCCCUACAGUCUUGCCGUCCUAAGCCUGGGCCUUUGUGGCCUCGCCUGAAAUCAGGGCCUGACCAGGCAGCUGUUAGCUUGUAUUAGGGAGCUGUCUGGUAACCUUCCCAUUGUUCUGUUGUUAGGCUGCUGUAAGAGAAGCGAGGAGGUUGAUAUCACUUAAAUUUGCAGUACAGCACUAAAGAGUGAUUGAAGUUUAUCAGAGCACAAGUCACAUGACUGGGGACAGCUGGGAAACUGACAUGUCUAGCCCCAUGUCAGAUUUCAAAAUGAAAUAUAAAAAUAAUCCGUUUGCUCUUUUGAAAAAUAGACUUCAGUGCAGAAGUCUGUUGGAUUAACUGAUGUGUUUUGAAAAAAAAAAAGUUUUCCCGUGACAGUAUCCCUUUAAAACUACGCCUGCCUGUUGUUCCAUUGACUUAUGCACUUUGCACAAAUGAUCUAAACAAUAGAAAGGAAGCCAUAACGUGUGUGUGUGGCAGCCUUAUGGGAACCCCUUUAUAAAUACGGCUAGAACUAACAGGCCUUAUUCCCAUACCUCCCAACUGUCCUGUUUUUAGAGGGACAGUCCCUCUUUUGACAGCUCAACUUGCAGUCCCUCAUUUGUACAGGAAAGUCACAUUUUUCUCUGCACUGAACAGCCAGAAAAAGAAACAAAGUUUCUAACUUAAUUGGCUUUUGGCAGAGAGCCCAGAACAGCCACAGCAGAAGAUAAAGAUACUUUUGUAACAAUUUCAAUAUAAGCAAAUAAGUAAUUGUAACAAUAUAAGAUAACAGGUCCCAUGGGAGAAGUUAGACUCACAGCUUAAAGGGCAAUUCACCUUCAUUAGUAAAACUGUAAUAACUGGAAAAAAAAACCACAGAAAUAUGUUCAAACUUUCAUAACCUGCCAAAUUUUGUAAAAUGAACAUGGUAAUUAGGGGGUGUGGGCGCAAAAAUGGGCGUCGUCAAAAAAUAUUGACGCACUACGCACAACAACUUUUUUUUUAUCUCUUUUUAUUUCCAGAAUGUUGGGAGGUAUGUAUUCCAUAACAAACUGUGGAUCUUAAAAGAUCCCUUGUAUAGGUUGCUUGUUCAAGAAAGGUUUUCCUUUUAGAAAAGGGAUCUCAGUCUUAUUGGCUAAUCAUAACCUAACAGCUCUUUUAGUAAAGUCAUUGGCACUGCUGAAGGUGAAAACUCAUGUUUGGAAGUGUGACCUCUUGUCCUUUGUAUAUCACCAUCAGUAUACGUGUCCCUGGGAUUUGUGUGUACAGACAAAUGUGUGUAAUAUGUUUGCUAAGAGAUGCAGUGCUGGUGUUUAAAGUCCAUGGGAUGCAAAACCAAGGACAUGUCAACAUUAUAACUGCUUUAAU